AUGACCAAUCAAACCCACCUACUGGAGGCCAUAGCUCAGGCAGGAAUCAACAAUAGAGGUUAUGGAUCUCAGAAUAAGAUGGCAGAAUUUAUGAGGAUCAGACCCCCAACCUUUGAUAGUACCGACGACCCCUUGGAGGCUGAUGAUUGGCUCCGGGCAAUCACUAGGAAGCUCCAUGUCGUCAACUGUGAGGGUCGAGACAGGGUUAAUCUUGCCGCUCACCAACUCACCAGGUCAGCAGUAGAAUGGUGGGAGAACUACUGCGAAGCAUCAGUGAAUGUCGAUGCCAUCACUUGGGAAGAAUUCUGUGAGGAGUUUAGGAAAUACCAUGUACCGACAGGAAUUAUGGAGAUGAAGGCCGAUGAAUUCCGUGACCUAAAGCAAGGGUCAAUGACAGUGAACCAGUACAUUCGGAAGUUCAUCCGCCUUUCCCAUUACGCACCAGAAGAAGUAUCAACAGAUAAGAAGAAGCAUGAUCGCUUCAAAAAGGGGGGCUGCAACACAAUUUGUAUGUUUAGCUUGUACCUGUUAUCUACCCUGACUUCAAUACCCUGA